UUAAUUAUAAAGGCCAUCUAAUGUGAUCACGGGAUAUAAUUUCACUAUUCGGGCUAAUACCUUUCACAACUCAAUUUCUGUUUCAUUUGGUUCUGAAAAUCCCCCAUUUGCUGGAAAAAAGACCACUGUUUUAUAUGUUAUAUUUAAUCUCGGUAUUCCUUGAGUGGCACUUUUCAUACCAUUAAGAUGCUUUACAUACCAAUCUAAACACCUCCACUGCUCAUAUGUUAAGUCUGAAAGAUUAAUCCUAAUUUGUUGGAGUCCAGAAGAAUAGAGAGCUUCAAUGAAUGGUAAAGAAGGUAUAGAAUCCUUUAAUCUCAAUUCUUCAAACUUAUCACCAAACUUUUUGGACUGUUCUUUUCAUAGUAAAAGAUUUUCAAAUUCUCUGUCAUUUUUCGAGCGGCAUAAUGGAUGCAAUUUUUUGAUUCUUUGAUGAAAUUCUAGAACUCUGGAUUUUCUGACAUUCUCUUUUAUAAUUUCCGUGAAAAUAGUUAUUUCAUACUCCUCUUUCUUAGAUCAGUCAAACUUCAAAUUAUCCAAAUCCAUAAAUUUCUUUCCUUUCAGAGACACUCUUGCUAUCUCCCACAUCCUCGGCUCAAUUCUUUCUCUAAACCCUAUGAACACUUCUCUCUGAAAUGUCAAUUUAACAUCCCCUCCAAUAUCCCUGAGCACCUCCAUAAUCUCAGUCGUAUCUCUAAACUCCUUCUUCUCCAACACCCUCAACGCCUUUCCAUUCCUCCUCCAAAACCCCCUACUCUGCCUAUUCAUCCCCUCCAUGACCCUCUGCCAAUCUCCCCAAAACCCAUAAUAAGGCAACAUUGUCAUAUAAAACCCUGCUAUUACCAGCACUUUC